ACAAAAUAGAAUUCGGUUCUUCAGUAUAAAUUUUAAAUUUCAUCUGAGAAUAACGCUUUCGGGAAAAUCAACGGAAAGAAGUGAAAGAAAAUGUUGCAAUUAUUAUUAAUUUUAAUAACAAUUUUUUUACCCAUCUACUGGUGGUACAAGAGGCAAUUUUCCUAUUGGACCCAACUCAAAAUGGUGCCCAGUGUGAGGGGCAGUAUUUUCAGUGGAUGUUUGCUGCAAGCGCUGCGCUUGAAGACAAAUUUUGGUUAUCACUUGAAGACAAUUUACGGCAGAUCGGAAUUCGCCCAUGAGCCGGUGGUUGGAAUCUAUGGAUUGCAUAAACAUGCAUUGCUGAUAAAAGAGCCGGAGCUAAUCAAAUCGAUACUUGUGAAGAAUUUUGAUAAUUUUCAUGAUCGAUUUCCUGAGCAAGAUGUGCAAUAUGAUCCAAUUGGUGGCCAAGCCUUAUUUAUGGCUUCCUAUGGUAUCUGGAAGGAGAUGCGCAGCAAAUUGAGUCCCCUAUUUACCAGUGCCAAAUUGAGAACCAUGUAUGGACUCAUACAAAAUGUGGCCCAGAAUAUGGAGGGGUAUUUGGAGAAGCAACCACGUGUCUUUUGCUGUGAAAUGAAAGAGUUCUGUGCACGUUAUACCAUUGAUAUCAUUUCCUCGGUGUUAUUGGGAUUUCAGUCGAAUUCCUUGGAAAAUCCCUCGGAGGAGUUGAGAAAUAUUAUUCGAAAAUUAACAGAAUUCACCAGCAGGAGGGCAUUUAAUUUUGUCAUUGCUUUCUUUGUGCCACAUUUAUCACGAGUGUUUAAAUCGAAAUUGUUGUACGAGGAAACGGAGAAGUUUUUGAAGACUUCCAUUGAUCAGGCAAUCAGGGAGAGAAAAUCAAGUGGUGAGACUCGAAAUGAUUUGAUAGAUAUCCUGGUCAAGUUGACGGAUGAGGUAGAGGAGAGUGGUCGAGAUAUGUCGCAAUUUAUGAAUUGCCUAUUGGGUCAAGUUGGCAUAUUGAUAUCGGGAGGAUUUGAUACCACAGCUACAACCAUGUCAAAUGUUUUAUUGGAAUUGGCCAAAUGUCCGGAAAUACAAAAACGUCUUAGAAAAGAAAUUCACGAGUCCUUUGCUAGACAUGGUGGCUCAUCAAUAUCUUAUGAGAAUCUUAGUAAAUUGGAAUAUCUGGAUAUGGUGGUGUGUGAGACUUUACGUUUAUAUCCGGUCUUGCCAAUACUGCAGAGAAGAUAUAAUAAGCCAGCCGGGACCAUGGAGCAAUAUUCUCUGCAACCCUAUUCAAAUUUCUCGGUGCCGAAUGAUAUGACAAUGUUUAUAUCCAUAUAUGGCCUACACUAUGAUUCGAGGUACUGGCCUGAACCUCUAAAAUUCGAUCCGGAACGUUUUUCACCCCCGAAUAAACCAAUGCUGCUGAAUUCCAUGACUUAUCUGCCAUUCGGUGCUGGUCCCCACAAUUGUAUUGGAGCUCGUCUCGCAAUGUUGCAGUUGAAGUGCGGUUUAAUACAUCUCUUAAAACAUCAUUCGGUUCGAGUGUGUGAUCAGACCGUGCUGCAACCGGAAUUUGAAGCUAAAGCAUUUAUAUUGAAAAUUAAAGGUGGAACUUAUUUGGAAAUUGUAAAAGAGACUAACGAAUACGGAAUAGCGAAAUAAAGCGAUUAUGUGAUAGACUUUUUCAUUCCAUACACUAUCUGGAAUUUAUUAACUUCGAAUGUAAUAUUCUUAAAAAAAUAUUAUACCUAGAUAUAUAACUUAUUCCGAGACUUAUAGUAAAGGAGAAAUAAAAUUGUGAUUAAAAAUAAUAA